AUGUCCUCGAAUGUUUUUGAAAAUCCUGAAGGAGAUAAGGUAAAUUCUUCCAAAGGAAAAGAUUUGGCACCCCCACAACUGGCAGGAAAUGUGUUUGCAGAUGAAGAUGAAGAUAUAAAUGCAGAUGAUAACAUGGAUUUGGAUGAUCUUAACAUCGAAUUAUCAGAAGAUGACCAAGAGAGACAAGAACCGUUUUUCCUUUCUUCCGAUGACGAUGGAGAAUAUGAAUUUAAUGAGGAUAACUCUGAUGAGUAUGAUGAGGAGUUUGACUUUAAAGAUGCAUUACGUCAAGCAGGGAAUUUCAAAUCUAAAAAUAGGAAAAGGAAGUCAACCAAUGCUGCAUCCUGGAAACGUAGACAAAUGCGGAGCAAUUUGAGGGAAUUGGACCCUGAAGUUAGGGGAUUGCUCUCACAGGCCAAUGAAGCCUUUGUAAGGAAUGAUUUCCAGGUUGCCCUAAACUUGUAUCGAGAAGUAAUUAGGAAGGAUAACAAAAACUUUAGUGCGUACAAGACGUUGGGAGAAAUAUACAAGCAGCAGGGGAAGUUGAAUGAAUGUUGUAAUUACUGGUUUCUUGCCGCAAACAUAAACCAGAAGGAUGGUGAAUUCUGGGCAAGUGUUGCACAGUUGAGUGCCCAAUUAGGUCACAUAGAUCAAGCAUUAUUUUGUUAUGGUAAGGCCAUCCAAGUCAGUAAUCACAAGGACAUGGAUUCUAUUUUAGGUAGAGCCAAGUUGUAUAAAGAGAUGAAAAGGUAUGGACGUGCUUUGGAAGGCUUCCAAAAGGUCCACUUGGCAUAUCCAACAGACACAGGGGUGAUAAAAGAAUUGGCCAGUGUUUAUGUUGAGCAGAAACGUAUUAACGAUGCAAUUAAGCUUUACAUGGAAGUAUUAGAUAUGAAUAUAAAUUAUGACAAUUUGACCAAAUCAGAGAAAAAGAAUGUGCCGAAGUUUUCGUGGUCUGAGUUGAAUAUUUUAACUGAAUUAUACACUUCACAGCAUUCAUAUGAAAUCGGUAUAAGAAUCUUGAAGUUGCUGGCUCGUUGGAUACAAAACAGAAUCCAAGAGGUUUGGUGGGAUGAUGUUGAUGAUGAUUCGGAAUUUGAUUCCAGAAGGAUUCAAAUUUUAGAAAAAAGAACUUUCGACGAACAAGUACAAGAGGCAAUGGACAAAGCAUAUGAGUUGCCUAUUGAUAUUCGAUUCAAGUUAGGAGCCUUAAGGUUAGGAUUGGGUCAGAAGGAUGAGGCCAUAAGGCACUUCAAUUACCUCAAAGAGGAAGAAGAUAAUAUCGAAGAUUUGUAUUGGGAUGCUGGUAGAUUAUUAGAGUCAAAUGGAUACUACCGUGAAGCGUUAACCUUUUUGUCCAUGUGCGACCCAGAGAAUCAUGAAGAAGGUAUACAAUUAGUGUCAUUGUUAGGAAAAUGUAACCUUGAAAUUGGUGACUAUCAAGAGGCAGCAAGAUCCUACGAAACUGUAUUGGGAGCCGAUCCCAAGAAUGUAGAUAUCAAAGUGGCGCUUGCAGAAGUUUAUUUUCAUCUUGGAUUCAUCGGAGCUUCACAAUUGUUGUUGAAGGAAGUAGGGGAGGAAGUUGGCGAAGAACAAGCUGGAGAAGGAACUAGACCCCUGCUGUUAUUACUCCCACAACAGCAGGAAAAUGAAAAUGGGCAAGCACCUGUUCUCGAUCUUGCACUUAUCAAGACUAGACCACUGUAUGGAAAUAGAUUAAUCAAGCUAAGUGAUGAAGAAAAGAUAGAAUUUGAAAAUAAUGCUAAGAGGAAAGUCUUGGAAAUAUAUCACAGAAUGGAAAGACUUGAAUCUGCAAGUCUUCUUCAAGAAAGAGUUGCUAUCACUGCGUGGAUCAGAUUGGCAUCGCAAUUGGUGGAUAUGUUCAUGAGCGUGCGGAGCUUUUUCCCAAGAGAUAAGAAUAGAGAAUUCAAGGGAAUUGUGUUAUAUAGGAGAAAGAAAGAAAUGGGAAUUGAUGAACGAAUGGCAAGAGUUCUAAAUUUACAUGAGGGUAUUACGUCAAAUGAGAGCGCACAAUAUUCUAGACUGGUAUUGACCUCCAAAACAGAUUACAGAGGCUUGGAUUACAACAUAUGGUUCAAGAUUUUUGUUCAAUACGCAUUGCUUUUAGCUAAGUUUGAGGAUAACCUUGAGUAUGCUAUUCAAAUUAUACACGUUGCUGCCGAUGUUAGUGUCUUUGUUCAAGAUAAAAACAAGGAAAUGACUUUGAAGUUGGUGAGAUUAAUGUUUGGAAUAGCUCAGCGUGACGUCAACUCAACUGUGAUGACUUAUGUUAGGUUUUUCCUCUCUGCAAAUCAAUUUUCGCCUUUUAUUUAUAAGUUCUUUAUGUGCUGCUUUGCUUCAAGUGCUGAAUCAUGGGAGACAUUUUCUAACUAUAAUCACCAAAAAUUCUUUUUAAGACAAUUGAAGGCUUUUGACUCGAUAUUGACUUAUCAAAAGAACAUAACAGGAAUGGCCACUAUUACUGCAGAUGUAAAGAGCAUUCCAAGUACUAACAGGGAACAUGCUGAAUUGCUUUACGUUUAUGCUAAUUUGCUCGGAGGUAGUAGAAGUUAUGUCUCAUCCAUAGUGUACUUAAACCGAGCCUACAAGGAUUACAAUCGAGAUCCAAUGAUUUGCUUAGUCUUGGGGUUGGCACAUGUUCACAGAUCUAUGCAAAGAUUGAGUAGCAAUAGGCACAUGCAGUUGUUACAGGGGGUUAGUUACAUCUUACAGUAUAAGGAGCACAGGCUGAAGAACCUGACUGUAUAUGAACUACAAGAGAUAGAGUAUAAUUUAGGAAGGUUAUUCCAUAUGCUAGGAUUGACUACGCUAGCUGUAAACUUUUACGAGAAAGUGUUGAACUAUCAAGCCAAGAUCGAUGAUCUUGAUUAUGACUUGCUGAUGGAAGCUGCUUACAAUCUUACAUUGAUUUACAAUAUCAACGGCAAUUCUAGGUUGGCCAGAGAAAUAACGGAAAAGUAUCUAGUUGUAUAA